AGUUUCGAAAAUUAGUUUUUUUGGAUUUCGACGUUGUUUCCAGGAUUUUCGAUCUAUAAAAGAACAUGAAUCUGAAAAAGGUGAAGGAAAAGCUGUCAUGUUUGUCCACCAACAUUCUACUUCUUAUUGUGGUCAUUGCGAUUUUCGGUACUGUGGUUAUUUGGAAAAUCGAUAAACUGGAGUUAUGGGAGGCUGAAGCUUUAAGUUCUCAGGAGUCAAUGCUCGGCGAGCUCAAGGUCGCAGUUACCUCGCUGGAGCAGCAUAGACCCGGGCAUCUCAAGAAGAAUGUGUGCCAGACACCGGAAUGUAUCACGCUUGCUCAUCAAUUGCACAACUAUCAUGAUCCUUCUGCCGAUCCUUGCGACAACUUCUAUCAAUCAGUGUGCGGUAAGCAGCACGAGCAUUCUUUGAAGAGUGGGCUGGCGAAGAAGCAUUUGAUUCUUAGAAACUUGAUAAGAGAGACUAUCACAAACCGUAAAGUAACACCAACUUCGAAAUCCGAGAACGAAAUGAGAAAAUUUCAUGGAAUAUGUUCAAAGUAUCAGCGAGCUAAUAGCUCCUCAGAUAUUGCACAACAAGCGCUCCGGGAUAUUUUCAGAGAUGUUCAGAGCAUUGGCUCCUGGCCGGCUGGAAGUCGAAAUUGGAAUGAGUCGGAUUUUAAUUUGAAUGAAAUGCUCAAUAACCUAGUCAAGCUAGGCCAACGAAAUUUUGGACUGUUCCAAAUAUCUUUCAAAUACCGUGACCAAUUGUUAAUCAGCGCCGAGGAACACCGCAGGAACUACUCAAAGCUUGAGCCGACAAUUUUAAAUAUUUUCGAGACAAAUGGACUUGUGCCAGAUCGGAUACAACUUUUGAAAGAUUUGGAGGGUUUUGCAUCUCUUGAAGCUUUAUUGAAAAAUCAUUACUACUUGGACAAUAUGGAUAAAAUGAAGCCCGCCGUGCUUGAUGAUCUGGUGCCAAGUGUGGACUUUAUGGGGCUUGUCAAAGCAAUGAUCAGCCCGGGAAAGGAGCACUUGAUGCCGAAGAUUGAGCUCAAGACUAGUGUACUGAAUCAGACAUUGUUCAACGAUGAGAAUAUGAAUCUGGAAGCAAUCAUCCUUGACACACCCAAGCGAACACUGGCAAAUUAUUUGAUCUUCAACUUUAUUGACAGUUCAUUGGACCAUCUGGUUUUCGAAACAACUUCUCAAAAAGGAAACACUUGUGAAGAUAAAGUCAUCACAUACCUUCCUCGUGCAUCUCUCCGAGUCUUCAUUCGCAAUUACGUCGACAAAGAGAACCGAGACCUGAUCACCCAGCUGGCCGAAAAAACUCGAAUCGCUCUUCACACUUUGGUUCAGAACUCCACGUGGCUAAAGGCAGAAUCCAAACAACUUGCUCUAGACAAAAUUAAUGCGAUGGGAAAGAUGAUUGGGUAUCCGGACUUUUUCGAGCCACCGGGCACUUUGGAUGGCAUGUUUAAAAAUCUAAAUCUCGACUCAUCUGACACGUACUACACAGCUCUCAACAAGCUCGAAAGGUAUUUUGUUGAACAAAAAAUGGAUUAUUUCGCAGAAGAGACACCUCUGGAUCCAGAUUUACGCGUUUUUGAAAUGAAUGCCUACUACUAUAUUCCCGGAAAUCAGCUGAACUUCCUUGCUCCAUUCUUUGAUGAUCCAAUGUUUGACUCGACCUACCCCGAUUAUGUGAACAUUGCCAUGUCUGGGAACAUAAUUGGUCAUGAAAUGGGUCACGCAUUUGGUCCACACGCAAUUUUGAGAACUGUCAGAGGACGGGAAGUGUGGAUGAAACCGGAAGAACUUGCAGAAUACGAGAGCAGGGCGCAGUGCCUGGCAAAUCAGUACAGUGAAUAUGAUGAUCCAGAUUUUGGACGAGUUUUUGACGGCGGCAAAGUGAUCGAUGAGCUUGUGGCGGAUAAUAUCGGACGGGAGGUUUCUUGGAAAAUGUUUAAAAGUCUUGACUUGACAAAUGCGACAAGGAUUAUUGGAUUUGAAGACUAUGACAUUGACCAACUGUAUUUCCGUGUUGGAGCCCUGACACACUGCACCCCUCAUGCGAUGCGUGAUUUGAAAGGGUCUAUCGAAAGUUCUCAUCCUCGGAAAGCAUUCCGUGUGAAUGGAGUCUAUGCGAAUCUUCCAGAGUUUGCCAGAGCAUUCAACUGCCCGACGGGAUCUCCAAUGAAUCCGAGAAAGAAGUGUGAUAUGUUCUGAACUUGUGUUUUAGGUUUUUACUAGAAAUGAACUUGAUUCCUCCCUGA